AUGCGAGGCUUUGCACUAUUAGAGGGAUUAGCCCUGUUCAGUGUGGCAGCAGCGCAAUUUCUUGGCAGUUCCCUAUACAGCGCAUUGGCCGGCUAUGGCGAAUCGGAUAUGUGCCGUUAUAUUUCCUGCCCAUUUGGGCAAUACUGCUGGAACGGGAAUUGCAUCAGCACUGGGGGUGUUGGUGGAGCACGUGGUCUCGGAGGAAUUGGUGGACUGAGCGCUCUAACGUCUGCCGCAGCCCUUUAUGGUGGUAUGGGUGCGACAAGAGGUAACUUU